AUGACGACAAUGGACAAUAGUUCAUAUUACGAUUAUUUCUCAGAGCCUCUCGAUAAGAGCUCUGUGUUGAACCCAGCCGUCAUGGCCACCAUCUACUACGUGGUCUUUGCCAUCGGGCUUCUCGGUAACCUCACUGUAUUGUGGGUACUCGUGAAGGUCAUGCACCUGAGGACUAUGACCGAUGUGUGUCUACUAAACCUGGCACUUUCUGACCUCCUCACAGUUCUAUCGCUUCCUGCAUGGGCGCUUUACAACCAGGGGCAUCACCUGAGCUCCAGCGGCAUGUGCAAACUCAUGGCUGGCGCCUACAACCUGGGCUUCUACAGUGGGAUUCUCUUUGUGAUGCUGUUGAGUGUGGACCGCUACCUGGCCAUCGUUCAUGCUGUGGCGUCUUUGGGCGCAAGGAAUUUGCGCAGUGCCAUUACUGUCAGCAUCGUCAUCUGGAUUGUGUCCUUCUCUGCCUCGCUUCCAAGUAUCAUUUUCUACAGAAUGAAUAACACGGAUACCCCGGAGUGCCUUUGGGACAGUGGAUCAUCUGAUGCAUGGAAGAUGUUUCGCAAUUUCAGCCAGAAUACUGUGGGGCUCUUCAUCUCGCUGCCCAUUACUAUCUACUGCUAUUUCAGGAUCCUCCUGGUCCUGAGGAGGACGAAGAACUCCAAACGAGGACGGGCCAUGAAGCUGAUCUUUGCCAUUGUUGGUGUCUUUGUGAUCUUCUGGGUUCCGUAUAAUGUGGCGGUGUUUCUGCAAACUCUGCUGUUCUGGGGAAUUUUCAACUCACACACGGCAGAUGUUCAGAUUAGCACCGGCUUGGAGGUGACGGAAACCAUCGCUCUCGUGCACUGCUGUGUGAACCCAGUGAUCUACGCAUUUGUCGGGGAAAAAUUCAGGAAAUGUCUGGCCAAAGUCUUUUCAAAAUGGGUACUUUGUGCAAAGGUUUACCAGUCAACAUCAAUGCAUUCAAAAACCUCGGACAACGAAACGUCCAACACGCCCCUGUAGAAGAAC